AUGGGCGAAUUGCCUGUCUCCCCAACCCUCCUGAGGAAGACCAUCUACUUUGGCGCUUUCGUACAUUCAAAGUCGUUGCAGGAGCUCGAUGUUUGCGAAAAGGGGGCCAUCGGCGUGGACGAAGGCGGAAAAAUUGCCUUCGUCGAGCGCGGCGUCGAGGACUUGGACCUCAUCUUCAAGCAGUACCAAACCUGGGGGGCGGCCACGAUCGUCAGAGUCAAAGACCAUGGCUUCUUCUUCCCGGGGUUUGUAGACACUCACAUCCACGCCCCCCAGUAUGGAAACGCCGGAAUUGUCAGCAAGUCAACCCUGCUUGACUGGCUGAACACCUACACCUUUCCCAUGGAGGCCUCGCUCUCCGACCUGGCAAAAGCUCGGCGCAUCUACGCCCGCUGCAUUUCGCGCACCUUGGCCCACGGUACAACAACCGCCGCGUACUAUGCAACAAUAGACGUAGCCGCCACCAACUUGCUUGCCGACCUCUGCCUGGAGAAAGGGCAACGUGCCUUCAUCGGCCGCGUCUGCAUGGACUCGGACCUCAGUCCGGAAUGGUAUCGGGAUGAGAGUUCCGCAGACACGAUCAGAAAGAGCAAGGAAGUGGUCGAUUACGUGAAGAAAGUCGACGGCGGGAAGGGUAUUGUCGCCCCCAUCAUCACUCCGCGCUUCGCGCCCAGCUGCCACCAUGACACCAUGAGCGAGCUGGCAAAAAUCCAAAGAGACAAUGAUAUCUUGGCGCAGACCCAUAUCUCGGAGAAUAUAGGCGAGAUCCAACUGGUGAAGGACCUCUUUCCGAAGUCCCAUCAUUAUGCCGACGUCUACGACAAAGCCGGUCUUCUGAAUUCGAAGAUGAUCCUUGCUCAUGCCGUUCACUUGACCGAGGCCGAGAAGACUUUGAUCAAGCAGCGCGACGCAAAGAUAUCACACUGUCCGGUUUCCAACUCGGCCUUGACUUCCGGAGCUGCCCCUGUCCGCGACUUGCUGGACCGCGGCAUCACCAUGGGCUUGGGCACCGAUGUCAGCGGCGGAUAUAGCCCGAGCAUUCUUGAGGUUGUUCGCCAGACGAUCCUGGUCUCCCGGCACCGGUCUUUCGAAGACGGCGAGGCCGCCAAGCUGGCAACGGAAGAAGCGCUGUACCUUGCCACCCGCGGCGGCGCCAAAGUCGUGGGCUUGGAGGACCGCAUCGGAGCCUUUGAAGUGGGAAUGGAUUGGGACGCGCAACUAAUCAGCCUCGCCGCUGUCCCGGCAGAUGGAGAGCAGGAGCUGGACACGCCGGUGGAUAUAUAUGGUUGGGAAAGUUGGGAGGACCGCAUUGGCAAAUGGACCUACAACGGCGACGACCGGAACACCGCUGCAGUCUGGGUGAAAGGAAGACUCGUUCAUCAGCGCAAGAGCUACGGAUUAUGA